AUGAUCGAAGUACUGGUAAAUGACCGUUUGGGUAAGAAAUUGCGGGUGAAAUGCCUAGAAGACGAUUCCGUGGGAGAUUUCAAGAAGGUACUCUCUGUACAAUUGGGAUGUCAGCCUAAUAAGAUUGUCUUACAAAAGGGAGGUUCUGUUUUGAAAGAUCAUAUCAGUUUAGGAGACUAUGAAGUGCAUAAUGAUACCAAUCUAGAGUUGUAUUAUUCGUAG